GCAUGCUGUGUAACGUCCUGUAAGAAGCCUGCAGGAGCACCAGCUUCAGCACACGCAGAGGGAACAGCGCUGGCAGAGAUGUGUGACCGGAUCACAGGCAGGAGGCUGCGGCAGUGGCUGAUAGAGCAAAUAGACAGCGGGUAUUACCCCGGGCUUGUGUGGGAAAACGACGAGAAAAGCCUCUUUCGGAUCCCUUGGAAACACGCAGGAAAACAGGACUACAACCAGGAAGUGGAUGCAUCCAUUUUUAAAGCAUGGGCAGUUUUCAAAGGCAAAUUCAAAGAAGGGGAUAAAGCUGAACCAGCCACUUGGAAAACCCGGUUACGCUGCGCUCUCAACAAGAGCCCCGACUUCGAGGAGGUGACUGACAGGUCGCAGCUGGACAUUUCCGAGCCCUAUAAAGUGUACAGGAUCGUUCCCGAGGAAGAACAGAAGAGUAAAUCUGUCUGUGGAAACAUAAAUGAAGCCACAGACAUGGACUGCAGCCCAUCAGAUAUUGAGCCAUCUACAGAUGAUUACUUGGCUAUAAUAAAACGCAGUCCAUCACCUGCCAAAGAUAUAUGCCAGAAGCAGCCAGCCCAGGACUUGUGGAUGUACUUGAACGCUGGUGUCUCAUCGAUGGAAGGAUACCCAAUGUACGAACCAAUGUCUCACGCCUUUUCGCAAAUGAUGAUUCAGUUUUUCUAUGGUGGGAAGCUGGUGAGUCAAGUCACCACCACGCGCAUGGAAGGAUGCCGCAUAUCGCUGGGACAGCACCUUCCUGGCGGAGACAAAAUCUACGAGACAGAGAACUUUGAGAACAUCCGAUUCCCACCGGCUGAUUACAUCACGAGCGAGCGCCAGAAGCAGGUCACCAAGAAGCUGUUUGGCCACCUCGACAGAGGAGUGCUCCUAUACAGCAACAAGCAAGGCAUUUACAUCAAGAGGCUAUGCCAAGGACGAGUGUUCUGGAGCGGGAACUGCAUGCAGUACAAAGACAGACCCAACAAGCUCGAAAGGGAUGAGGUGGUCAAGAUAUUUGACACUGCUUUGUAUUUAAGAGAACUGCAUCAAUGUUACAGCCAAGGAAGGCUUCCUGAAAGCAGGAUCACGCUGUGCUUUGGAGAGGAGUUUCCCGACGCUGCUCCACUGCAACUGAAACUAAUCAUUGUGCAGAUUGAACAGCUUGGCCUGAGACAGCUCACAGAGGAUACAUUAAAGAGUUACAGCUCUACAAGUCUGCAUCUGCACCAAGACCCUCUGAUGGCUCCGGUUCCACGUAUCAUCUCCGACGGCUGCACGACACACCAGAGAUCGUUCUAUAGGGAGAGCCAGCAGAUCACAGUCUGA